CUAGUAGCCACAUUUAGCAGUAAAAAUCUGAAGUGAAUUGUCCAACACUGUCUUACCGCGUCACUUUUUUCUAAUUUAAAAUAAACGUAAACGAGAAUUGCGUUCGCCAAACUACUGGAUUGUGAUUAAAACUCAAGAAUAGCCCGCAAGACAACAGUUGAAGUGGUGCUAAACAAGCUAUCAUUGCUAAUACGCCGGAAAGAAGAGCUAGCCGAGGGCCCCACUUUCACCCGGCUGCCUAAAAAGACGCCGCGUUUUGCACAUUCCUGCAAAUUCCAGAAACUUAUUAGCGAUCGCCGGAUUAGCCUAGUAUUAGUACACGAUGAGCAAGGACAUCUACUACUCAGACAAAUACUACGAUGAGCAGUUCGAGUACAGACAUGUGGUUCUGCCGAAGGAAAUGGUGAAGAUGGUACCCAAGACUCAUCUGAUGACGGAGGCCGAGUGGCGGUCCAUUGGGGUGCAGCAGUCGCGCGGCUGGAUACACUACAUGAUCCACAAACCGGAGCCACAUAUUCUGCUAUUUCGGCGUCCCAAGACGGAGGACUAGAGGAGGCAGUAGAAGCAGUCGAAGCAGAAACAGCACAGGCGGCAGCAACUUCUGAUACACAUACCUACAUACAUUUGCCCAUAGGAAUGCCCAUCCGGCAGCUGCCACCGCUGCCUGUGUGCGAUUGUAUUGGUGGUGGUGGUGGUGGUUGCUGGCAAAACAACUGUUGCUGCAACAACAACAAAAACCACAACAUCAUCAUUAUUAUCAGUAGCAGCAAAUUCUUCUGGAAACUACAUCUUACCUUUCAUUCAUACACCUAUUUGUAGUGCUGCCAUUUUACCUCUUACUUUUAAAUAGCGCCUAGAGCUACGUAUAAGUUCUACAUUUUGUAUACCCUUCUAGGUUGAGAACUAAAAUUGUAGUUGCCAUAGCGGAGAGGACUGCGAACCAAAAGAAACAUAGCGCCUUGAAAAUUACUUUCCCUCACACAAAUUUUAUAGUAUAUUAUGUUGCCAUUUAGCCAUUUCAAACUUGAAACUGAAUCGAAAAAUGUUACAGCAUUUAAGUUUAAAGGAAAUCUGAUUUGUGAUCUUGAAAUUCUUAAUCAAUACCUAAUAUUAAAAUAAAUAUGUUUAAUUUAUGGAGAAGCUUGAGGCGUUGAUUGCUUUAAGUUUUUCUAAAACAAUGAAA